UUGAAACGCGCGAAGAGGAUGUUGAUUGCUGUUGGAGAAGCAGUUCCUCAAAACUAGCCGCAGAGCUAGCUAUCUAACACCACAGAGGGUGAAACUUUGCCGUGCGAGCUCACAUUUAUGGCCCAAGUUGAGUUUUUUUGCGGUUAUGACUUGACUUGGGUGUCGGUGGAGGUUUGAACUCUUCGGAGGUUUAAAUCCAGAGUCUGGACCGACCAGGAUGCUAGCAUGUGUCGCUAGCAAACCGCUGCAGGAAAUUAGCUCGUUAGCUUCGACAGACAGCCAAAGUAUUAUGAGGCUGAAGUUUCCCUCUCUACGCUCAGUUUAAACAACCUCAAUGGACACCGAGGCGAUAGUGAUCCGUAUAAAAACGCCAUCAGGGGACAUGGACUCGUCCGUCGACUGUCCAUCUCUUCUGAACUUCAAUGACUUGCUGGUCGCAAUCAGAGAUGUCAUGCCCGAAGCCACUGUCACUGCCUUUGAAUAUGAGGAUGAAGUGGGAGACAGAAUCACCGUGAGGAGCGAUGAAGAACUCAAAGCCAUGUUGUCAUAUUACUGCAACACAAUGAAUGAACAACGCAUGAAUGGACUGCUGCCGGAUCCUCUGCAGAUUUUUCCGAGAGCCGGCAAGACUCCAGGGAACCGGAACAUACAUGGCCUGAAGGUGAACACAAGACCUAACCCAGCCAACGACUGCACUCAUGCCGUUCCGGACUCCAUAGCCAACAACAGCUUAAAAAAAUCAUCUGCCGAGUUGAAGAGGAUCUUGACAAACGGGCAGAUAAAUGCCCAAGAUAUCCACUAUCAAGAGCAGCUCGGCCAUGGAAACGGAGGCACGGUUUACAAAGCGUACCAUGUUCUUGGCAAGCGUGUUUUAGCCGUCAAGGUCAUUCCUCUGGAUAUCACGGUGGAAUUACAGAAGCAAAUCAUGUCCGAGUUAGAAAUCCUCUACAAGUGCGAUUCUCCCUACAUCAUCACUUUCUUCAGUGCCUUUUUUGUAGAGAACAGGAUAUCCAUAUGCACAGAAUUCAUGGACGGUGGAUCUCUGGACGUCUACAAGAGAAUCCCAGAGCAUGUUCUGGGGAGGAUCGCAGUGGCGGUAGUCAAAGGCCUGACGUAUCUGUGGAGCCUGAAGAUACUUCACAGAGAUGUCAAGCCUUCCAAUAUGCUGGUGAACACCCGAGGACAAGUCAAGCUCUGUGACUUUGGUGUCAGCACACAGUUGGUGAAUUCAAUCGCCAAAACGUACGUGGGAACUAACGCAUACAUGGCGCCGGAGAGGAUAUCAGGAGAACAGUAUGGAAUCCAUGCAGAUGUCUGGAGCGUGGGAAUCUCUUUCAUGGAGCUGGCGCUUGGCAUGUUCCCCUAUCCACAGAUUCAGAAGAACCAAGGAUCUUUAAUGCCUCUCCAGUUACUGCAAUGCAUCGUUGAUGAGGAUCCUCCAGUUCUUCGUGGCCAGUUCAGUGAGAAGUUCGUCCACUUCAUCACUCAGUGUAUGCGGCGGCACCCCAAAGAGAGACCUGCACCUAAUAACCUCAUGGAUCAUUCCUUCAUCGUGCAGUACAACGAUGGAAACGCAGAGGUGGUGUCCAUGUGGGUUUGUCGCUGUCUGGAGGAGAGACGAGCUCAGCACGCUCAGGGACCGAUCUGACGUCCUCCAGCCGCCGUCGAUCCGGACGUCUGGACCCAAACAUCGAGCGCUUAUCGAAGGCUGCAGGGUCAAGUACGUCCACAUGCACUGCAGAGGUGAUUUAAUGUACAUGGACUAAAAAAAAGCAAAUCACCAGAUGUUACAUACUUCCUGUAAGUAGAUCUUUAUUUAACAGCACCGGCCGCGUGGACUGAGUCUCUGCUCUGAGCUUUUCUUUCCAGCUUCUUUUUGUCAGCGAGCAUCACAGCCUGACGGAGGUUUGGAAUUAGUCUGGUCCCGAUUCUAAGGAUCAGAGACGAUAAAUUAAAGCACAAGUCUUCGACACGCCGGUCGGGCUGUGCUCUGCUCCUGUGAUGGUAUCUUCAGCAGCCGUCUUGUGCUUUACCGUUGACGGCCCUCUAGUGAAUGUUAAGGUUCCUCCCCAUCUGUGUGCCUGUUUAUCCAGUGGUAUAAAGUUAUUACCUCAGCAAACGUUAGUUGUCACUGUAACAGCGAGAUUCCUCCCAAAAAUUGACUCUUUUUUUUUUUUCCCAGCUUUUGAGCUAAAUCGACUGCAGAGCGAAAUGAAAUCAGGAGGAGCAGACGUUAAUUUAUUAAUUAAAUCGGAGUUGAACUCAGUCGCACAUUUUUUUAUCGGACAAACCACUGAAAGAAAUCAUCCUGAAGGUCCGGAUGGCCACUUUUAUCAUCAGCAGUUUGGUUUUGUUUUGUUUUUUUAUCUCCUCUUAAAAACCGUCACUUUACAUUUGUACUCAUGGUUUUAUUCAUAUUGUGACCACUAAGUCCUCAUUUUGAAAACAAAUCUCAUGUCCUAUACAGAUCUAAAGCAUUUCAUUGGAUUGCCUGAUGAGAUCAGUAACACGUUAAUGCAGUGCUCUGAACACCAAAGACGAGCCGAACGAUGGAUUCUAUGGAUUUCUGAUGGCUGAGCUGAACGAGAUGAAGUCCUUUGACGAGGUCUUUAAGUAGUGAAAUGUGCUCAAGUGCAAUUAAAUUCAGAUUCACAGCGAACGUAGUCUGAUGUGUGAGAAUCAGCGUACAGAAACGGGCUGAAAGCAGCAGUUUAUUAUUCCUCAUUUAGACGUGGAAAGAUUCUAAUCAUUGCUGUUUAUAGAGCAAUCAAACGUUCUUCAUGAUCUGGGAUCUUUUUAUUAUCAUCUUGCAUCUAUUUCCAGAAUGGCCAAUAUAUUCUGCAGUUUUUCUUCUUAAAGUAACAUUUGAUUUCCAGUUCACCAGAGUAAAGAUGGGAGAAAUAGCAUGUAAUAUACUAUAAGAUGCAAGUAGGAAUAUUACAUUGGCCAGAUCUUUUAAUUUUGGGAGUUGAUGGACGCUGUUAUCCCACAUUACAACAUGUGGAAAUUGAAUUGAAGGUACCAUGUCGGUGUGUCGUUGAACAACUUAAGGACUUAUAUGAAGGCCAGUAGGUGGUUUUAUUCAUUUACUUUAUGGGCAAACAUUAUUCUUUCUGCUGAGAAUUCACGUUUUCCUUGACAGAAAUGUUGAAAUCAUAAUUUCUCCACCAAGGAACUCGAGCUUCAUGCGUUUGUCCGUCUGUCUGCGCAACGUUACUCAAAAACCAACUUCCAUUUCAGGCUAAAACACCUGCAAGAUUUGGCCCUAAAUCCCCAAAGAUUCAAGAUUCAAGAUCUUUAUUUAUCACAAACACAAUUACACACAGUAUAAUGAGCAGUGAAAUGAUUCUGUGGUAGAUGAAGAAAUUUAUGUUCCCACAAGUUCAAACUUCCCUUCUUCUGCCCACGAGCGCUUUCUAACGUCUACGAGUUGUUGGACGAUACAUCCAGCAUGGUGGAACAUCUCUAGAGUGAAAAACACCGUGUUUGUUGAGGUUGUUCAAACGUAAAUGUUAAUUAUCUUCAACAUGUGGAGCAUCAUUUUCCUCUCUAGUGUUGGGAACACCUGUGGGCUCCGAGGAAAACGUCGGACAAAUCGGAGUGAUUCAACUUUAGUUUCUGUCUUUUUUCGAACGAAUAUUUCGAACGGAUUUGGAUGAAACUUCCAGGGAAGGUCAGAAUGAAACAAGGACCAAGUGAUUAUUGUCUGGAUCCACAGAUUAGUUAAAGAUUUUCGUGUCAUUGCGAGAUAGCGGCACGGAGUCACUGUAACCAUGACAACAAGUGAAUGCCACAUGAUUCAAACCCACCGUAGAGGACUUAUCAAGACUUACCGGUUAAAGUCAUACGACUGAGCAGCCUUGGCGGAGUACUGUGCUUUUCUUGUUUAAUGUUUGACACCCAUCCGUGUUUCAUUACUCCGGUUUGUUGGGUGGAAGUCAAACACAGCAUCCCAACCGGUUUCCAAGACAUGGAUUAAGGCUUGGUCUGAAGGUUUUAUAAAGAUCUCCACUGAAAACGGUUCUCCAAAGUCUUGGACCAAUCGAAUCGCUUUCUUUGCGUUUCCACUUUGGUCUGCACACCGUUGGGAUUCACCACUUCACCAUAUUACUGCAUGUUAACCUCCGACCUUCGUGUUUGUUCAUCCGUGGCUCAGUCUGGUUUUUAUUCACACAAAACACCACAAUGUUAGGUUCCGUAUAUUCACUGCUCAGAGGAUUGUGGGUAAGGACGCUGUAUUACAUCGAAAUGCAGCCAAAUGUCAUAGGACGUCCUGGUAUUUUUGACGUACUGGGACAUACUAAAACUUUUCUCUAGCUUAUUAUACAGUAUGUUCUGGAUGUUGGAACUCAUCCCAUGUUUGGUAAACUGAGCCUUAAAGUUUAGUGGGUUAUAAUAUGGAACAGAAACUAUUCAGUAUGUGAUCCCAGACCACCUUAAAUCCAUUUAUCAUCUGUUCUAACUCAGUGAUCUGAUAAUAAACUAACUAGAAUGAGCCUUUUUCUCGGUUACAGCAAUAAGGGGAACGUUCAUUUCUCACAGAUUGUCACUGCAGAUUUUAUUCGUGCCACUAUUUGCCUCAGAAACCUGCAGGUGGGGCUUUUGUUUUCUGUUUUUUUUGUUUUUUUUACCUUUGUUGACAUAAAUGUACUUUCACCACAAUAUUGGGGAAAAAAAUGUCCAUUCAUCAUCAUAAAGAUAUUACUCUGAUAACCACCGAAACAUAGAUCAUUUUUCAGCAGGUAAAAUUCCUUCUCUGCAUCAUUACUUUAGUGGGACGCCCACCGGUCAUUUAGUUGCUGUUAAAUUUUAAAUAUUUCGCGUUCUGGUUAAGCUACUAAAUUCAUGUGAAAGAGGACGAGUGUUUUGUUGCUCAUGAACUAAAGGUUGGCGCGUUUUUGCCACUCAAGUUCAGCUAAAAAGAGUAACGUUUUGAUUUAAGUCUGACAUUUCCUGUUUUUAUUGUUCUCACCGAUUGUGUUUUUUUUUUUUUUUUUAAAGGAAUUUGCCGUAAAGACGGACAUAUUUAUUAUUUUUUUUACUCUUCAGCCUGCUUCCAUCUGAGACCAGCUCUUGCCCUUUUUGUUGUUUUUCUUGUUCUUGCCAAAAACCACAAAGCGUCCAGUCAGUGAUGGGAUUCUUAUUGCUGGCUGAUUAUGGCCUUCUCUGUAAUUAUCUGUGUGGGCACAUAUUCCAACCAUAAUAAAUAAAAUGUAUUUCAACUGAA